UUAAAACAUUUCAUGAACGUAAGCGGCAUCUAACCUGCUGUUUUACGUCGAUUUUUGCAGUCAAAACAGAAAUGGACAUCUACGAACAACACGAUGAUGGUCCUGGAUUUGUAGGCAUUAAAUUUUGCAAAGAAUGCAACAACAUGUUGUAUCCUAAAGAAGACAAAGAGAACAAAAUACUUUUGUAUGCUUGUAGAAAUUGUGAUUACCAACAGGUAGCAGACAAUCCAUGUAUUUAUGUCAACAAAAUUACACAUGAAGUGGAUGAGUUGACACAAAUUAUUGGUGAUGUGAUAGCAGAUCCCACACUUCCUAGAACAGAGGACCAUCCAUGUCCUAAAUGUCAACACAAAGAAUCUGUAUUUUUCCAGUCCCACAGUAAUAAGGCAGAGGAAGGAAUGAGGUUAUAUUAUGUGUGUACGAAUCAACAGUGUGUUCAUCGGUGGACAGAAUGAUGUGUAAAACAGAUUCUAUUAACAAGUGCAAGAAUGUAGACUUGAUAUGUUUUAAUAGGAAACUUUGAAUGGCUAAAUGGUUUGAAGGACAACCAUAGAAUGUAGCAGGAGGACAUUUAUGUUUUCAUAAUAUCAGAUUUAUUUUAGUUCAUAUAAGUCAUUUCCAUUUUCAUCAGAUUUUAAUAAAAAAGGUUUAAAAUUUA